CCUGUACAGUCCCGUGCGCGCCGGCUCCUUCGCCGCGUCUCCUUCGUUUUUCGCUCUCCGGUCCCGUGUGCCGUCCGCUCCGACCCCCGGUGCUCGUCGCGGGACCGUUACGACCGGGUUGAUCAGUUGUGACGGUGUUUCGUGUCCUACGACCGUCGUCGAUGUCGCUGGAUAAUCGGUUUCCGACCACGGGUGCUGACGUGCGAUCGAAACGGUGAACGCGUUUUACCGCGGAAAUUCGAAUCCGACCACCGCGCGCGCGUCCUGUCGCCCACGUACGCGACAAACGGUACACCGAUCUGCGACGAUUUCGUUUUCACCGUACCGUGUACGUAUUUGUCCAAGAAUACUCACUCCAGUCACCUAAUGGCCAACAAUCUAAUGGAGAUCACUUGGAUACGGUCCAUAAAAAACAAACUAAAAUAAAAAAAAAUACAUUACUUUUCGUUGAAUGAGCUCGUCAAAGAAAACCGUUAUAACCAAUGUCGGGAUGCAUCAGGGUAUCCCGGACGGGAGUCCGAAAUGAUAACAAUGUGCAGAAUCAUCAACAACAAUAUGCACAAAUAAUUAAAGUGUACACAGAUUGGGCAAAUCAUUACUUGGAUAAAGCUAAAUCGAAAAGGAAUAUUAAAGAUUUACAAUCAGACUUGGCCGACGGUGUUCUGCUUUCGGAUCUCGUAGAAACUAUUUGCAAUCAUCGGUUGCCGGACGUGAACAGGAAACCAAGGACCCAUUUACAAAUGUUGGGAAAUAUCAAGAGUUGCUUGGACUUGCUGGAGACACUGGGCAUCGCGUUAGAUGGCAUUACGGCUCAUGACAUCAAGGAAGGUAAUCUGAAAGCUAUAUUGGGCCUGUUCUUCGCCCUCUCUAAGUACAAACAAAAGCAGAAACAACAGCAGAAAACCGAAGGCCCCAAAUCGAAAAUACCUACAGAUAUGAAGCAAUCAAGACUUCCUGGACCCACCUUACACUCGGGCAGUAUCACAAGCAUACCCACCCCGUUCGCUCAGAGAUUUCAUCAAUUGCAAAAUACACCUGCUGCCAACAGUCCAUAUACCGGACUCAAAUGCACGUCAAACAGUAGUUCCAGAUCGACUAGUCCGCACACGUUUAUACCGUCACCGAAAACUAUCAUUAGAACGCCAAUUGCUUCGCCUAAAAACGCCAAUCAGAAAAAUGGAGUGCCCGUCAAAACCAAUAUCGCAAGCCCGUACAGUUCUGCACAAAAAAACAGUGCUUUGUUGGAAAAGCUGAAAGCAUCCAAUCAAAAGGAGAAAUGCAACAAACAAGUUAUCAGUAGUACGAAAAGAACAUCCAGCUCAAGUGGAUUCAGUUCUGCUCGAUCGGAACGUAGUGAUUCAUCAAAUAGUCUUUCCAAUGAACCUAAAACAGUGCCUAGUCUAGAAAAAAAAGAAAAUCCUAUAGAAGUUACAAAACCAGUAUUAAGAAAAAAAAUUGCAAGACCACCUGUACCAUCUGAAUCACGUCUCUCAAAAAUUAGUAUUAAAUCAUCUACACCUCCUAAAUAUGAAAAUCCCCAAAGAAAAAGUGCUGAAAUAUUAAGUUCAGAUAAAGAAGAUCUAUCUAAUUCAUCUACAAUGGAACUAUCACAAAGCCAAUCUGUAAGGCUUAGUGGAACUGGAAUCCCAAAACCAGUUGCCACUGUCAAAGGAAUGGCAAAACCAACACAUACUGUUGCACCAAUGCUACAAAUAAAUUCAGAAUCUAAAAAAAUGGAUGAUACCUUAGAAAAAAAUAAUUUGAAACCAUUAGAUAAAUGUAGUGAACCUACAAAAUCUGAAGAUACUUCUAGUUUAAUUUUGAAUGAAAUAAGACAUGAAAAACAGAGCUCAUUUACAGAAGAAGAAGAUCCAGCUUUGAAUGUAAAACCAAUGGAACCGUUACUGAGAGGAUAUAAAAGAUCAAUUAUUGUACCCCAACACCGUACUAUACCCUCAGAUUUAGGAGCCUCUCAAAAUAACUGUAUAAAUGGUAAUUUUCAAGAAAAACGUAUUUCUGCUGAUUCAGACUAUGGGCAACAAUCAUCUGGUUAUGUAUCUGAUGGUGAUGUUCUUCAAUAUGACAUUCAGUCAAGACAAAUUCUAGCUACAGAUCCAGGUUACAUGUCCGAAGGUCCAGUUUACAAUGAUUCAAAAUCUGUCAGGCAUCAAAAUUCAAUUAUUAACAAACAGAAUGCUCCGGUAAACAAUCAGAUUCAUUUAAAACACAGAGUUAUCUCGAUUGACAGACUAGAUUCAAAAAUAAAUGAUUCAAAUCUAUUACAAUCUGGAAAUAAAUCACAAGUCAAGCUGAAUCGAUUCAAUGUGGGCCCAGACGGGGGCUCAUCAAGUCUUGGCCCUGAUGUUAGUCCUCCAACCAGCCCUCCAGAGCCCACACCUGUGGCACCUGUCUAUAAGGUGGUUACCCGUAACCAUGUCAAGAAGUCAGAUAGCGGACAGCAAACCGAAUUGAAUAAUUCAAGCUUAAGACAAUCUUCGCAAUGGAAAAAAUACAUAGAAGCUGGCAAAAAUGCUGAACAAAUUAGAGUGAAUGACUUUGAAAGGGUGCGAGAUAAACCAAGUCCAAGACGAACAGAUAAAAAACGAUCAACUGAUGGAUCUCGUGAAGAUUUGCAUAAUUUGGAUUACAUGGAAAGAAAAUCACGAAGUGACAGGAGUGAGAAAACUAAGAGUCGAGGUGGUGUACCUCAAAGUUUUGGUUAUGUAAAACGAUCUACAUCCAGCUCAAAUGGUAAAGGUGAUCCAAGAACUGCUCAAGUUUCAGCUGUUCCUAGAACAAAAGUAAAAGUUUCUGGAGGCACUCAAACUGAUAUGAAGACUUAUUCAGUUAGUGGCCCAAGUGCUACUCAACUGUCACAAAGUGUAAGGGAACGACUUAUGGCCAAUCAGUCGGAACAAGAAGUCAAAAUUGGCAGCCCUUAUGGAACAUGGACGAGACACAGUCCCGUUCCACCACACUAUACUGCUUCUCUGCCUUCUAGGACUGGUGCUAUAGGAGGUAUGAUUGAAGCAGAUAGUAUUGAAUCGCUCCCUGCACAACUUCAUCAUAGAGCGAGUUUAACACACUCUAGAUUAAUGUCUUCUGCGUCUCCAAAUACUAGUCCAUCACCAAGUCAAUCAAAUAGAAUAUCAAGGAGUAAUAGCAUCAGCUAUCUAAAAGAUCGGACGUUUCCAAGAUCAACAAAAUCAGAAAAACUAUACCCAUCAAUGUUACAACGUUCAGAUGAACCAGAUUCAUACUACAGCAUACCAUAUGCGCCUUCUAACCGUUCUGAUCAUCGCACUUACCCUCAUGCCUCACAACCAACUAGCCCAACACCAGCUAAUCGUUAUAAUUUUCAGUCUCCUCAGCCAAACCACCGAUCAGUUCUUUCAUCCCCUUAUGCUGCUUCUAUAAUGAGUAAAAUCAAUUCCAAAGAUGAUGAUGCUCAUGGAUCUGCAUUAAGUUUAAUAUCAACUGGAUCCUCAUCAUUGUAUAGUGGAAUGGGAGCUGAUGAAAAACAGGCACAAGAAGUUAGACGUCUUAGAAGAGAUUUGAGUGAUGCACAAGACAAGGUCCAUACAUUAACAAGUCAACUAUCAACAAACGCGCACGUAGUGUCUGCGUUUGAGCAAUCUCUAUCCAACAUGACUCAAAGACUUCAACAGUUAACUGCUACAGCUGAGAAAAAGGAUCACGAACUUCAUGAAUUACGUCAAACAGUUGAAAUGUUAAGAAAACAAAGUGCCGACCCGGGAAACCAUCCUAAUGGCAACCACCAGAGAAGGCAUACGAUUAAUUCUGUUGCUGAUUCUAGCACUGGCAAUAACAUUUCACGUCAACUGUCGACAGAUUCGGUCUCUAGUUUGAAUUCUCUAUCGUCAGCAUGCAGUGCAUCGAGCUCAGCCCAGCAAUCCGAAGCUGACAAGAAAAAGAAAAGAGGAUGGUUACGCAGUUCAUUCAGUAAGGCCUUCUCUCGAUCAAAGAAGAACCGCAGCAACUCGCUCUCGGAUGCUGAAGAAGCACAUAUUGCCCGAAACCAUCAAAAUGCUUUUCUCUCCGAUAUGUCAGCUCCAUCUUCACCCAUGCUCAAUACCCCGCAUAUGAAUGGGUUAGGAUUGAAGAACAGUCAUUCAUCUACGACAAGUUUAUACGAUUGCGAUCGAGUAGAUCAUGAUUCAAGUCCAGAAAUGGUUGAACAACUAAGGAAACAACUCAGAGAAAAAGAUCUUGUUUUGACUGAUAUAAGACUGGAAGCUUUGAGCUCAGCGCAUCAACUUGAGUCUUUAAAGGACACAGUUAUUAAAAUGAGAGAUGAAAUGUUGAAUUUAAAACAAGAUAAUGAAAGAUUACAAAAAAUUGUUACUAAUCAAUCUCUUCAGUCCAGUUGUAGUUCCUUACAGUCACCACCAAUGUCAAAUCAUACUCAAAGUGAUGAAUUGGCAGAAGCAUUACUACCAUCAUUAGAUUCUGAUUCUAUGCUGGUCCAAGUUAAUGUGUUCCUAGGUAGCCAUGGUGGUUACAACAAAUAUAAAGAAAAUAAAACCAAAAUGUGCAUAAUAUCUGCAUUACCUGUUUCAUCAAAAUCAAAAUGGGAUAUGGUAGAUCAUCUUGUCGUUAAAGGAUUCAAAGAUUAUGUUGAACGUAUUGAUCCAACUACUAAAUUGGGACUGUGUUCCGAUUCCAUAUGGAGCUAUCACAUUGAUAAUAUUACACGAUAUAUAUCUAAUACCAAAGAUUACAAACCUCCUGAAAAAUCACCCUAUGAAUGCAUGACAAAUGGUUCAAGUAUAUCGAUUUGUCUCAAAGGUGCCAUGCAUUCUGGUAGCUUAGAUGCUUUAGCAUUUGAUACUCUCAUACCAAAAAGUAUUCUUCAAAGAUAUGUCUCUUUAUUAAGUGAGCAUCAUAGAAUUAUACUAUGUGGACCUAGCGGUACUGGCAAGUCUUAUUUGUCUAAUAAACUUGCUGAGUUUCUAGUUAUGAAAAUGGGAAAAGAAUGCAAUGAUUCAACUAUAGUUACUUUUAGUGUUGAUGAAACUAAUAAUAAAGAUUUGCAACAUUAUUUGAGCGAAAUAUCAGAUCAAGCUGAUUGUGAUCCUUCCCAAAUUCCAUGUGUUGUGAUUUUAGAGAAUUUACACAAAGCAUUGUCUUUACCAGAUGUGUUCAAUGGUUUUCAAAGUCCAAAGUGUCCAUAUAUAAUAGGCACUAUAAACCAGUCAACAUGUUCUACUACUAGCCUACAAUUACAUCAUAACUUCAGAUGGGUAUUGUGUGCCAACCAUAUGGAACCAAUGAAAGGAUUCCUCGGUCGUUAUUUGAGACGUAAACUUGUAGAACACGAAUGUCAACUAGGUCAAAGAAAUGCACAACUAAAACGUAUUGUAGAAUGGAUUCCUGAAGUACGAAAUCAUUUGAAUCAAUUACUAGAAACACAUAGUUCAUCUGAAGUUACAUUAGGUCCUGUCUUGUUUAUUUCUUGUCCCAUGGAUUUAGAAACAUCACAGAUGUGGUUUUCAGAUUUAUGGAAUUACUCUUUAGUUCCAUAUGUAAUGGACAUGGUUCGUGAAGGAAUAAGAUUAUAUGGAAAAAGAGCAGCUUGGAAUGAUCCAACUUUGUUUGUGAUUCAGUCAUAUCCAUGGUCUAAUGCAGUACAUAAAACCUUAGAAUCAUUUAUUAGAAUACGACCAGAAGAUGUUGGCUAUGAUUUGGAACAUAAUCAUGAUCCUUUGUUAAACAUGCUGAUGACUCUUCAAGAAGCUGCAAAUUACUCUAGUCCUCAAAAUGACACUGACAUAAGUUUGCCUAAUAGUAAUGGAGCAUUAGCAACAUUAUGAGUGCACUAAAGAAAAAAUAUUUUCUAUUUGUUUUGUGAUUUUAUAAUAGUUGUAAGUUGUAUUUAUCAAAAUUAAAUUUUGGUAGCCAAGCCCCAAAGACGUAUCUUUACCAAAUUAUAAAUAAAUAAAUGAUAGUUUAUUGUUUCUUAAAAGUUAAAAAUUGAAUACCUUUGUGAGCUCAAAAUUUUAUACGAACCAAUUUAUUUUUCUAUUUCAAAUAUUUCAGUUCAGUAUUGACAAUAAAUUUUGUUUUUGUAAGACUAAACGA